UUAGAGAUAGAGAGAGUGAGCCUCACAAGAGAUAACUGUUAGUCAUCAAAGAGUAGAAGAAGAGAAUGAUUAAAUGAAUGAGCAACCAAGCUUUUACGCUCUCUUCUUCUCCUCCACUUAAAAACUGAACCUUCUACUCCUAUACAUAUCUAUCAUCUACAGAAACACGCACACACGAGUGUCUCUCUCUUACUCUCUCUCAAACAUUUUCUACUCUCUCUCUACAGUUCGCCAUGACCCCGGAAGACUCCUUAAGAUCUCUCUCUUUAGACUAUCUCAAUCUCCUAAUCAACGGCCAGGCUUUCAGUGAUGUAACUUUUAGUGUAGAGGGCCGUUUAGUCCAUGCCCACAGGUGUAUCCUAGCUGCCAGAAGUCUCUUCUUCAGGAAAUUCUUUUGCGGGUCCGACACGCCGGGGGGUUUAGACGCAUCCGGCUCCAGGAUGGGCCAGACCGGGGGACUUGCAUCAUCUCCGAGAGGGGGAAACCCUCAUGUUAUACCGGUGAAUUCAGUGGGGUAUGAAGUUUUCCUGUUGAUGCUGCAAUUCUUGUACAGUGGACAAGUCUCUGUUGUGCCCCAGAAGCACGAGCCCAGGCCUAACUGUGGGGAGAGAGGAUGUUGGCACACACAUUGCACUGCAGCCGUUGAUCUUGCUCUUGAAACCCUUGUCGCCGCGAGAUCCUUUGGAGUGGAACAGCUCGCUUUGCUCACUCAGAAGCAAUUGGCAAAUAUGGUAGAGAAGGCCUCAAUUGAGGAUGUAAUGAAAGUUUUGAUAGCUUCAAGAAAACAAGAUAUGCACCAGUUGUGGACUACUUGUUCCCAUCUGGUGGCGAAAUCUGGCCUCCCACCAGAAGUUCUAGCAAAGCACCUCCCCAUUGAUGUUGUAGCCAAGAUUGAAGAGCUCCGCCUCAAGUCGUCCCUUGCCCGUCGCUCCCUAAUGCCUCACCACCACCACGAUCUUAGCGGUGCUGCUGCUGAUCUCGAAGACCAGAAAAUACGCCGAAUGAGACGAGCCCUCGACUCUUCUGAUGUGGAACUUGUUAAGCUUAUGGUAAUGGGAGAAGGCCUUAAUCUUGACGAUGCAUUGGCCUUGCACUAUGCAGUAGAGAAUUGCAGCCGGGAAGUGGUAAAAGCAUUGCUUGAACUUGGUGCAGCUGAUGUAAACUACCCGGCUGGCCCAGCAGGCAAAACCCCACUCCACAUUGCCGCCGAAAUGGUGUCUCCGGACAUGGUGGCGGUCCUCCUCGACCACCAUGCCGAUCCGAAUGUCCGAACCUUGGAUGGUGUCACUCCCCUUGAUGUCCUUCGAACCCUAACUUCUGAUUUUCUCUUCAAAGGGGCUGUGCCCGGACUCACACACAUUGAACCAAACAAGUUGAGGCUUUGCCUGGAGCUCGUCCAAUCUGCUGCCUUGGUAAUUUCCCGCGAGGAGGGCAAUGCCAAUGCACCUUCUUCCACCACAAUUUAUCCUCCAAUGAGUACUGAAGAUCAUGCCUGCAGUAGCACGAGCAGUGGAAACAUGGCGAACCUUAACCUUGAUUCAAGAAUGGUGUAUCUAAAUCUUGGCGCAGCCCAAAUGGGACGCAAACUGAAUGAAGGAGAAGACAGCAGCCAUAACAACCAAAGAGAAGCCAUGAAUCGACAUGACCCUUCAAUGUAUCAUCACUCCCAUGAUCAUCAGUAUUAACUCAACUACACUUCAAUUCCUCUUUCUCUAUAUUGAACAAUAUUUCCAUGAAAUGGGGCUCUGAUUAAACUAGCUUGCAAGAGUUUGUUCGAUAUUCAUGGAGAUAUUUAUAUACUUUUCAUUGCAGUCAUAAAUCAACACCAUUGAUUUUUGUUUCACUUUU